AACUUAUAGUCAAGUUGCUCAACUCUUUUAACACUGUUAUACUCUUCUGACAUAAUAUCUUGCUUCAUGUAGUGACACUUUACAUUGAAGACGUGUCAGGUGUCCAACACAUGUUGAUGUUCGAUAUGGAUACAUGUGAUUAUAUUCCAUGUCUUCAAUUUUCUUAAAUUAUUAUUAGUGUGUAGGUGUUAGUCCCAAUUUUGUGUCUGUGUCAGCGCUUCAUAGAUAUCGCCCCUCUGGGCCACCACAGAAGACUCAUCCAUAUUAGUUCUCUACAUAUCAACACUCUUCUUCACCUCUCCUCCUUCCUGUUUUUCUUCUUUAUAUUCUUCCUUGAACUUCAUUACAAACAGGUUUGUCGUGUCGUUUUUCUUAAACUCCUCUUUCUUUCUUUUUUCCUCUCACAGUUUAAAUUCACAAUCAUGGUUAAUUUAUGUUGGACUUGACCUUAUCUUCUUUUUUUGUUAUCUAUUUGAAACAAAGCUAUGGGAAUUAAUAUUGUCUCUGCCAUGGGAGUUUGUUUGGGCGGCCAAAUCAAAGCUGAAGGUCCAACUAAUUCAGUUUCAGGGUUAAGUUCAAAGAGUGUGAAUGUCAACACAGAAGAUCUUAGUAUUCCAUGUAGCAAGGUUUCUGGCGAUCUCAGUAGCUCAAGUAAUACUGAGGUACCAACAGUAUCGGUGCCUCAGACUGCUCGGGGUGUGGAGGAGAUCUUACAAUCAACCAAUUUGAAGAGCUUUACUUCUACUGAACUUCAGGUUGCAACAAGAAAUUUCCGUGUAGACAGUGUCUUGGGACAUAGUGUUUUCAAGGGUUGGAUUGAUGAACACUCAUCUUCUGCUGCCAAACCCGGCAAAGGCAUUGCUGCUGCUGUCAAAAGACUUUAUCAGGAUGGCUUCAAAGGUCACAAGGAGUUGUUUGCUGAAGUGAACUCUUUAGGCCAGCUUUCUCAUCCUCAUCUAAUCAAAUUGAUUGGUUAUUGCCUUGAAGAUGACAACAGUCUUCUUGUCUUUGAAUUCAUGCCUCGUGGCAACUUGGAGAAUCACUUGUUCAUCAGAGGCUCAUAUUUUCAACCUCUUUCUUGGAGCCUACGUUUGAAGGUUGCUCUUGGUGCUGCCAAAGGCCUUGCAUUUCUUCACAGUACUCAAACAAAAGCAAUGUACCGCGAUUUCCAGACUUCAAAUGUCUUGCUAGAUUCCAAUUAUAAUGCAAAACUUUCAAAUUUUGGCCUGGCAAAGAACUUGUCCCUGGUUGAUAAAAGUCAUGUACCUACCAAGCUAACCUCUGGAUAUACGGCUCCGGAAUACCUAGCCACAGGUAACCACACUGCUAAGAGUGAUGUCUAUAGUUUUGGAGUUGUACUACUAGAAAUAUUAUCUGGGAGGAGAGUUGUUGACAAGAACAGACCAACAAGACAACACAAUUUGGUGGAAUGGGCAAAGCCUUAUCUAUCCAACAAGCAUAAGAUUUUGCGCGUGUUGGAUAGUCGCCUUGAAGGCCAAUACGAAUUAGAAGAUGUUUUUAAGGUUGCUAUACUCUCCCUACGGUGCCUUUCAGUAGAAGCCAAGUUGAGACCAAACAUGGAUGAGGUUGUUACAAAUUUGGAGCAGUUGCAGGUUCCUCAUGUAAAUGGAUGCAACCAGAAUCGUUUGCGUAGAAGAAGUGCUGAUGAUGUUGCCCGCGUUAGAACAUCCACAACUUAUCCCCAACGCUCUGCGUCUAUACCCUGUACAUGACAUUGCACAUUGCAGAAUGCAAGAUACAGCACCCUUGAAAGUUAACAAAGCUGAAUUUCUCAAAUGCAGUGAUCUUAAACCAUGACUACAUAUUACCGAAUAAUUUGUACAUAUCUUAAUCUUAAUAUAGCUAAUGUUUCAGAACCAAACUUCUCUUGGACAUUCUGCUUGUUGAGACUCGAGAGCGCCGAUGUCUACAGAUAAUUGGAUCUUUUUAGUCUUUUGUAUGUUUAUCUGGUUAGUUAAUUUUUAUUGUAAUCUAUGGAUGGAGUAUAUAGUUUCCUAAUUUAUGAAACUAUAGUUUACUUUGAUGCAUGUAUAUUUGUUGAAUGAACCUUAAUUGUAUGUUAGCUCCCUAUCA